AUGUCCGUAUCCGUCAACCGUCCGCUAUAUCCUCUCCGCGUCCUCUGGGCAUCCUCGCAACUCAGAUCCACUGAGGCUGAACAACGAAAAGAGGGAGGAAAGAUAAGGGCUGUAGGAAGUCCACUGAACUUCGACCCUAAUCGAAUCUGUAGACGAUCACGGAAGCUCCGUGGUAGCAGCAAGCAGAGAGACAUCUGUCUUCGUGAACCCGAGAUCGUCCAGGAGGUCGUACGGGGAACGAAACUCGGGAUGAUGGAAUGUCAAUUUCAGCUCAGGCACGAUCGAUGGAACUGUACCACCAUGCACAAUUCUUUUAUUAAAGUUAUCAGACAUGAUACUCGACAAACGGCGUUCGUCAAUGCUAUUACAACAGCGGGGGUGACCUAUGCCGCCACCCAGGCUUGUAGUAUGGGUAAUUUACUCCAGUGCGGCUGCGCAAACCUACCCAAUGGGCGUAACGAACUCGAGAGCAACGAAGCCUGGGUGUGGGGAGGGUGUGGCGAUAACGUCGAAUAUGGUUACACCAAGUCGAAGGAGUUCGUCGAUGCACAUAUGAAGAGGCGGAGUGAUAUAGGGACACUGGUCACAUUACACAAUAACGAAGCAGGAAGAUUGUCUAUCUCGAAGCACAUGCGACGGGAAUGUAAAUGUCACGGACUUUCAGGCUCCUGUACACUCAAGACUUGCUGGAAGAAAAUGCCCACAUUCCGUGACGUCGGAAACCGCCUAAAAUCUGCCUUCGACGGCGCCGUCAAAGUCACUGGCGGCAACAGCGGCGAGAAUCUUAUUCCGGAAGACGAAACGGUCAAACAGCCCACCAUCAAAGACCUUGUAUAUUCCAUGGAGUCACACGACUUUUGCGAACCCGAUCGUAAGUCUGGUUCCCUUGGCACGGAAGGGCGACGGUGUAACAGCACCUCAAUGGACGUUGGAGGUUGCGACAUCAUGUGUUGUGGAAGAGGAUACCACGAGGUCCUGGCUGAGAAGCGUGAAAACUGUAGGUGUCGGUUUCACUGGUGUUGCGUCGUCAACUGCGACACGUGCAGAGUGGUCCAAACGAUACAGACUUGUAACGGAUACAAUCUUGGGUGACACCCAUUAAUGAAGAAUUUUACUAAGACUAUUAGAAGAUGAACAAUCAAACUACGUUUUGCCGAUAGCAGGUCAUGUACAGGACAAUGCUAUUUGAUUUUAUCUCCAACGUGGACAUGUUGGCCAUCUUGGCCCAUAUUGUUAUUUUUCAUACUAGCUCUGUCUAUGCAUGCUCUUUUUGGUAAAGCAACGUGAUUAUUUUUUACUAUCGAAAAAUAUCGUUAUUUAUUAUCAAGUUAUCAUGUUUCUUGAAUAUUCGUACGUGCUUCACUUUUUCUAAUAACCGAUGGAUGACUACACUGACUGGGUCAUAGUCAUAGGCGGCGGAAGCGGGGGGGGGGGGUCCUUUCCCCCUUAAUUUGAGGUGGGGGGACGACACCCCCCCCCCCCCCCAAUUUUUUUUGUUGAUAACCUUUUUUUUUGCUUGUCAAAAAAUUUGGGUUGUUUGUUCAAAGGGUUUGGGUUGUUUCCUGCGCUCCCCCUAAAUUCAGAUGGACCCCCCUAAAAUGUUUGGCUUCCGCCGCCACUGGUCAUGGUAGCCCCCAAACAUAUCACACACGCACACUCACCCCCUUACACACAUCCUCCGAUACAUAAUGAGAGAGGGGGCGGACAGAGGGGUUAGGGGUUGGGGAGAAAAGGCGGCACGGGUGAUCAAUUCAUAUUCAUAAGAAAAUAUGAAAUAAAAAAUCUAAUUAUGCUUAUACCUGCAAUUUCUAUGAUUCAUUGUCGGGUUAAAGUCUCUUUUAUAUGUAAAAACACAUGAAAUACCUAUACCUUUUGAUCAUUUAUUUUCCUAUAAAAAAGAUUCUGAUAAUUGUAACAUUAGAAAUUUCGUCAGAUUAUUGUUUAUAUCAUUCUAUGAUUAAAUUAAGGUUUUAAUAUUUUGCAUUUCUUCUUAUUACGAUAUAAUUUAAGAAGAUAUAUUCAAAUGUAUAGACCGAAAUUAAUAUCUAAUUUUUGCACGUUAAUUAAUGAAAUAUAAUUUGUAGACAAAAGGAGAUUCAGCAUACAUUAAAACGAUCGAACAUCAAUUUAUCGCGUGGUUCAGAUUUUUUGUUGUUGGAUAAGUGCUUAGUCCAUCACACUGUCUUAUGUUAGAAAAUAACAUGUUUACUCAUUUUAAAUCAGUAUCGGAUUUGAAGGUGCCUUAAUUUUCAUUUCUUGAGAAUGUAUUGCCAAAUGUGUAUUCAGAAGCCAAAUUAAAGUAGUGUAUGAAUUUAUGUUGGGUCGCUAAAAAUGACUCUCCCAUUCCGCCCUUGGUAUUCAUGUUAUUUAUUUCAGCCUCGUUAGUUUGAGUUAUUUUGAUGUCCUAUAUCUUUUGAUGCAUAUUUCAUUGUUGUGAGAAUAUACUCAUCCUAAGACUGAGACACAUUCAUUUUUUUAAUAAAAUGAAUAUAAUAAGCCUGUAUAAUAUAGCACUGUAUUAACUUUGUUAUUGUUAACUUCAACACCAAUAUCGACCUAAAUGUAUAUAAAUUUAAGCUCAAUUAAUUAGAAUUGAAAUGAUAUAACCACAAGUGUAUUGGUGUGGGCGGUAGCCCCUCCCCUAAACAAAAAUCCACAAUUUUAACUUUUUAUUUUUCUUGAUUUUUUUCUAUGUCAAUGUAUUUGCAUAAAAAUAUAGAUUUGUAUAGAAUUAUUUUGAACACUGUCCUUGCUGGACCACCCUCAUACUCUCUGCGGGGACUUAUUAGUGUAUCAGCUGUCACUAUUGAUAUUUAGAUGCAACAUAAUGCAUCAGCAUGACCCCCCCUCACGAAACUAUAUAUAAUUAUGCCAUUUGAUAGUCUUACAUCGAUGCCUAAAUUACUUUCCCCCAUAAAAAUACAGAACGGAAUAAAGGAGGAGUUUGCAUAAAAUUAUUUAAAAGAUUAUCAUUACAUUGUACACUCUUUAAAUUUUGGGCAACAAAAUGUAGUCUACAAAAUGAAUUGAAUUCAAAAUUCACCCCUUCCCGAUAAUUUCGAAGGAACUCGAGGAAAUCAAAUAAACUCCUUCAAAAUUAAUUGCCAUAAACCAAUUUUGAUGUGGACAAUGAUCAUCUGAUAAUGUUGCCCAGUGUAUGGCAAUUAGUUCAAACAGGCCCCGGCUCAACAAAACAUUGUACUUGAAGUUUGCGAUAAUUUGAAUGAUUUUUUAAAAAAGAAACAUAAUAAUUGUAAUAUUUUUUCACAAAGAAAAUGUUGUAAAUAUUUUGAAUUAUUUAAUUAAAAUACACCAAAUAUGCAAAGAUAGACAUGGUGUUGUUGAUAUAGUGCUACAUUUUGUGAAUAAAAAUGAGCAGUUUUAAAUUGCUUAGAUUAGCCUAUA